AGUUACCCAUACUUUUAGGUUACCAAAUUUUAUCGAAAUCUGUGGUUUUGUUACCGGAAAUCGGGCAAAAAGUCGAUAAUUCGCUCCCGGUUUACCUUGUAAUCGAUAUUUGUUCAAGUGAACAUCUCCAAUUGAUCUCCGACGACUGUGCUAGGGUUAACAACAACAGUGCUCAAAGUUUUGAGGUUAUGUUGACUCGCUCGAUAACUGGACUUUCGGCCUACCGUAUCGGCUUGUGUUACCAAAAUUGAACUCUCGAUUUGAACUCUUAUAACCUGUGCAAAAUACAAAGACUAUAGAAUGUGUUUGUGAAUAGUUGUUGUGUAGUUUCAACUAGAAAUAAAUUAGUUCUAAUUUAGUCACUUGAAAGGCUUGAACUCUUCUCUUAUCAUGAUAGUUUUAUGAAGCUAGGGUGUUUAGAACAUUAAAUUAUUCUUGUCAUUGUAAACUACGUGCCACAAAUCACCAAAAUGACGGUCAUGAACCUGAAACCUGAGUCCGAGGGCUGUGAUAAGGGUAUGGACCCUUUUGUCUCCAAUCAACAGCAGGAUAGUGAGAACCUUCUAGGCAGAGUUUUAGCAGAAUUUGAUGGGACAACAGUAUUAUGUCGAGUAUGUGGAGACAAGGCGUCUGGAUUCCAUUACGGUGUUCAUUCCUGUGAAGGAUGCAAGGGCUUCUUCAGACGCAGCAUCCAGCAGAAGAUCCAGUACCGACCGUGCACCAAGAACCAGCAGUGCUCCAUCCUGAGGAUCAACCGCAACCGGUGCCAGUACUGUAGGCUCAAGAAGUGCAUCGCUGUCGGCAUGAGUCGAGAUGCUGUGCGAUUCGGCCGCGUGCCCAAGCGUGAGAAGGCGCGCAUCCUGGCUGCCAUGCAGCAGAGCACCAACUCACGAUCGCAGGAGAAGGCGUUGUCCGCCGAACUGGAGGACGAGCAGCGUUUGCUUGCGACGGUGGUACGCGCGCACAUCGACACGUGCGACUUCACACGCGAAAAGGUCGAGCCCAUGCUGCUCAGGGCACGACAGCAGCCCUCAUACACCGCCUGUCCGCCCACUCUGGCUUGUCCACUGAACCCCAACCCACAGCCAUUGACUGGCCAACAAGAACUGCUGCAGGACUUCUCGAAGAGGUUCUCGCCUGCCAUCCGCGGAGUGGUUGAGUUUGCCAAGCGCAUCCCUGGCUUCUCCUUCCUCGCACAAGAUGACCAGGUCACACUUCUCAAAGCCGGUGUCGUUGAAUUUCAUUCUUUCCUCGUUUGUUCUGCUUGUUUGUUACAGAACAACAGCAUGAUUUGCCUGAACGGCCAAAUCCUGAAAAGGGAGUCGAUCCACAACAGUUCGAACGCCAGGUUCCUGAUGGACUCCAUGUUUGACUUCGCUGAAAGACUGAACGCUUUGAGACUGUCCGACGCCGAGAUUGGUCUCUUCUGCUCCAUUGUCGUUAUUGCUGCCGAUCGGCCUGGCCUUAGAAAUACCGACCUCAUAGAGAGAAUGCACAACAAACUGAAGGCAGUGCUGCAGUUAGUGCUGAACCAAAACCAUCCCGGGCAGCCGAACCUCUGCCACGAGCUCAUGAAGAAGAUCCCCGACCUGCGCACCCUGAACACGCUGCACUCGGAGAAGCUGCUUGCCUUCAAGAUGACCGAACAACAGCAGCUGGCCCAGCAGCAACAGCAGAUGUGGGGAUCCAUGAUGGUCGAGGACGAGUGCAACAGCAAGAGCCCUGGCGGCGCGUCCUGCUGGUCCUCAUCCUCCGAUGUCACCAUGGAAGAAGUCAAGAGUCCGUUGGGAUCCGUGUCGAGCACCGAGUCCAUGUGCUCAGGCGAAGUGGCUUCGUUGAACGACUACCAUCAGAGCCAUCAUGCCAGCAGUACACCCCUGCUAGCAGCCACCCUGGCCGGCGGAGUCUGUCCUCACAGACACAGAGCCAACUCAGGAUCUGCUUCUGGUGAUGACAUCAAAUCCCACCACAGAUCCUUCAGAAAGCUCGACUCACCCAGUGACUCUGGUAUCGAAUCAGGCACUGAGAAGCUGGACAAACCAAUCGGAUCUGCUCCAACGUCAGUGUGCUCCAGUCCCCGUUCCUCACUGGAGGACAAAGAUGAACAUCAUCACAACCACCACCAUGUCCAGAAUGGCCACCACUCGAUGCCAUUCCAGAGCUCACAGCCAGCACAGCAGAAUGGCACGACUCACUCGGUGGAGGACAUGCCUGUGCUGAAGCGUGUCCUGCAGGCCCCGCCUCUCUACGACACCAACUCUCUUAUGGAUGAAGCUUACAAGCCGCACAAGAAGUUCAGGGCGCUGAGAAACAAGGACUCGGCCGAAGCUGAACCGAUGGUGCAAAACUCACCUCAGCUGCACCACCACCUCACGUCGUCGCUGUCCAGCACUCACUCCACUCUGGCCAAGUCGCUGAUGGAGAGUCCUCGCAUGACUCCCGAACAGCUCAAGCGUACCGAAAUGAUCAAUGACUUCUUAAUGCGUGACAACGGUGCCUCUGCCUCGUCCUACCAGUACCCACCCCAGAGGUGGCAAAGUGGCACCAGUGUCAUCACCACCACCAGUGCAGUGGCGGCACCCCCUCCACCCUCCGCUUACAUCCUGGUCUCCACCCCUCCCCCACCCGCCCAAUCGCGAAUGUACCUCUCGCCAUCACCCUCCUCCUCCACCUCCCCUCACUCACCCUCUGUCAUGGAGCUGCAGGUCGGCAUUGCCAACUCGUCCCCUUCCUCAUCUUCCUCGUCUCCCACCUCAGCGGCUCAGCCUCUCAACCUGUCCAAAAAGACGCCGCCUCCCUCACCCACCCCCCUCUCGCACCCGCCCGCCAACAAGGUGGUGAAACUCGAGGCCUGAGGCCCGCACCGCCCCCGUGUCAUUGUCUAUAGUACAAACAAGCCGUGCCGUGAUGAACCAACCAACUGGUACAAAUCAAAGACUCCUCGGACGCCUUGCUCCUACUGAUCUCUCUGAGUUGUUGUUCGUGCACGGCACCCCCACACCCCCACUAUGUUUAGUCUUUCAGCUGUCCGCCUCUGGACUCUGAUACUCAUUGUCAGUCAUUCUUUUCAACACACUCAUUCACUCAACAAGGUCUCUGGAGACGUUGCAGUUGAUUGUUUGUGCAUGCUAAGAAAGAGGGAGAGAUUAAAUUCUGAUGGUGCCCACCUUAUGAGCAGCCCCCUUCACCCCUAUCGACCAACAUUUGGUCAGUUGUAAAUGCACUGUUAUUCUCCUUCUUGACUUUAAUGAUAAUCUAUUUGUAUGUGUAUAAUGUAUGUAUUCGUUUAGAUGUGUGAUUCGAUAUUUUUAAAAACAAAUUAAUAAAAGUGUUGUAGUUGAAAUAGUUUCGAGUGCGUGCAAAUGUUGUAUUUUCAAUGUGAAAUUGAAGUCAUUAGACAUAUUCAUUGUCAUUCAUUCACAAUCAUUUAUCUCUUACUAUUGAUUCCAUUCGAUAGCAAUCAUUUUCUCGUUCUCUUUGGACCAAAAUGUCUGUUUUUAAUUUACAAUUCCACUUGUAAAAUUAUUCUUCAUUCUCAUAUCAUGUGUAAAUUUCCACCUCAUUUGUAGAAUAUAUCAUUACUCAUUUGUAUAUCUUGAAGCAUAUCUCAUCAUUCAUCUCACCCUCAAUCAGUCGUGUUAUCAUUAAAUGAAUCAGGCUGGGGAAUGACAAAAUGUGAAUUUUAGGCUCAAAGGUUAAAGUUGAAAGCACCAGUCCUAAUAUAAAUACAUGUUAUUAUUAAAAUAUAUAUAUUGUAACGAAAAGUGAAGAAAUAUAUUAUACUUUGAUUAAAUAAAUGUGAUAUAAUUGUGUAUGUAGGGCUUGCAUUUCACCUCUAUGUGUAUAAAUAUUAAGAAAAUCAGAAACGAUUACGUUUUAGUCUUAUCUUGUGUAACAUAAAUAAUAUCUGAAAGAAUAAUUAAUUUGUUAAGAUGUUUACUUACAAAAAGUUAAAAAAAUUGAUGGAAAUGAUAGGUUAAAACGUUUGCAUUCUCAACUAGGGCACAAAUUCGCCCUUGUGUAAAUAUUAUAUAUAUAAAACUAUUAUUAUCUUAAUAAUAAUAAUUUAAGAAAAAAUAUGAGACUGAAGGGAAGGCCGCCUGCCAUGCCACCCUCUCCCCCUCCCCUAAAUAUUCCGUUGUUUAUUUUUAUUCUUGUUGUUUCUUUAAGUUAUAUUACUAAGUUAAUGGAGGUAGGCCAGUACCGCAGCGUUUUUAUUAUUCUAAUUUAAUUGAACGAAUCAAGCCCACCCUUUUUAUUAUUAUUAUAACGGUAAUUGAUAAUUGACCUGUUGAUCGGUAUAGUAAAUAUGUUGUGUUGUGCGUUUUCUCGUGUUAAUUAUGGUAUUGGUAGAUUCUCAUGCUUGGUAAUUUUUUUAUCAGUCCAAAGCCAUGUAAUUUGUAUGAACAGUUUGUAGAUAACACAUUGCAAUUUUCUGGAUUAAGACUGUAAAACAAAUAUGAAUUCGUCUCGAUCGCUCUGAUAUCAUAAAAUCAUGUUUCGUUGUAAUUAUAUAAUAUUUAAUUGCUGUAGAUUAAUGUGAAAUAGAACAGAACGGCGUUAGGAAUGGCAGAGGCUUCCUACAAAUAAUUCAAUAAUAUAUAUAUUGUCAUAUAUAUUAUAUAAUCUUCUAUUGUAUUUGUCUUUGUUUUUUAUAUAUCUAGACUUCUUGAUGUUUGGACAUCCUCAAAA